AGCAUAUGUGCAGGAGGGUGGGAGGGUUGGAGAGAGAGAGAGAGAGAGAGAGAGAUAGGGGGGGAGAGGACAAGCGGAUGGGUGCUGUGAAAUCCGUUAACAGGGGAGCUCUGUGUGUUUGUUAGACGUCUUGGCUGCUUGCCCAACUUGGCUCAUUGUAAUCGAGGCAUGAUCGUCGACUCCAGGCAGCCCUCUCUGCCGCCUCGGCUGCCUCGCGUCUGGACCCAGCCCAGCUCUCACCGCUGACAUGGAAAGACCCACCCCCAGUGAGAUGAUGCCCAAGAGGGAUCAUGAGCGGGACCAGCAGCUGGACAAGAAGAUCGAGGCUCUCCGCAGGAAGAAUGAAGCGCUCAUGAAGAGGCACAAGGAGGUGGAGGAGGACAGGAAGAGGGCAGAAGAGGAAGGAAUGGCGCUACAGAGCCACAAGGGCAAAGCUGAGGAUCUUACCAUCACAAUCAGCAAGUCCACCAGUGAUAGUCGCGUGGUGGUGACGAAGCCAUUCAGCGGUGGUUCACCGGCUGGGAAAGGACAGCAGGAGGCCGGGCCCGACAAGGGGGGGGGAGGCCCUCUGCAGGGGGCUGGCCGAGGCCACAGGAAGCAGCUAACGGUCACCAUGGCUGGAAAAAAGGGUAAGAGGGUGGUGAGUGAGAGGCCAGAGAGGAGGCCAGGCCCUUCGGACAUCAAGAGCCCUACAGAUGACGGACAGGCGAGGCGUGUGGAGUCAGCUGGGAGGGGGAAUCAGCCGCCUCACACGACCAAUAGAGACGCAGCAGAACAGGACGGGGUUAAACAAGGGCAGCAGCACACCGAGGACCAGCACAGGCUUUCAGAGCAAUGCCAGGAGCCGGAGAGCCUGCAGGCCAGCACAGACCUCAACAUCCCCACGUCGAAAGAGGAGCAGGAGGAGUACGUGCGGUGGAAGAAAGAGCGCCAGCAGAUCGACAGGGAGAGAGUGGCACGCCACAAAAACGCCAAGGGCCAGUGGAAACGGGCGUGGGACGUGGACAAAUCUGACAACAUGUUUUCAGACAAAUCCCUCGCUGACAGAGACUGGGGGCCCUCCAACAGAGGUGGACGAAAUGCUAGAAGAGGAUCGUCCCGAGCAGGUCAUGAGAAGCGAGGCAAAGACAAGGGAGCUAAAGACGUGCUAGUGAUGAGCAGUAAAGCAAAAGGCAUAGAUCGUCUGACUGGGAGAGCCAGGAGAUGGCAGGCAAAUGAAGACGGAGAGAACGAACAGUCUGCUGACACGACGUUAGAAGAGUUUUUGGAGGAACUCGACGCCCUCACAGAUGCCGAGGUGGAAGAUCAGAAAGAUGAGGACUCGAAAUUGAAGCUGUCGCCCGACCCAAACUCCCUGAGUACAUCUGAGGAAGUGAGUGGAUCCACAGCAGCCCCCACUCAGGGGAAGGCAGAGGCCUCGUCCCCUCAGGGUUCGGAGAAGAAAGUGCGUUUCUCAGAGGCGCUCAUCCAGGCGGCUCACACAAAGCAAACCACAGGCUCUCAGGACUCUGCCUGCCCGAGGCCCUUAAAAGCCUCCUCACCUAGAAAGACCCAACACAAAGUGCAGGGGCCACAGCAGCCUCUGGAAAGUGCCAAGCAGGAGGAUGUUAGUCCUCAGGAUCAGGGAGGUGGUCCGCCUGCUCCUCCUGUUGCCCAGCAGCAGGCUUCUGAAACUGAAUGUAUUAAAGAAGACAGCACCCUCCCCACCGCUCCCAGCUCCCCCUCUGCUGAAAACGUCUGUGCCUCGCUACAGCCGAGCUCUGUGCAGCCUGUAGAGCUUGCCAAGUGCAACAUCAGCAACACAAACACAGAGGAACUAAUAGACUCCGGCCUGUCUGUGCUGAGCCUGGAGUCGGGAGAAACACACCCAACACACUCCACCAGCAGCGACAAGGCAAGAGAGCGCGGGAAGAUUGUUUGACAUUUUCUGGACGUAAAUACUGAAACCAAAUCACAGCGACACAGCGACACACAGAGCCUUUGCCUUUUUGUAUUUGCGUUUUGCUUCGGGCAGCUCGUUUGAGUUGCCCCGUCUAUGGCUGACACACUAAACCCUGGUUUCAUUUGGCUGUGGCGCCUCCCACCUGUGGACGUUCUCAAAACUCUCUCAGAUUUGAUGAAGGAAUGGUGAAAGUUUUUCCUGCUCAAAUAUUUUUUUUACAUCCAAGCACUUUAUGAGUAUAAAAGUAUGUGUACUGACACAUUUUUCAACAUGUUAAUACGCUGCUUCAGUGCAAUAUCAUUAAAUGUUUACAUUUGUAUGAAAAUGUCAGGGUACAUAUCAGGAGGCUUGAUAGCCCUUGAGAAGCCACAGUCAAAUUAUCUAGUGCCUGCUUCUGCCUUAGAGGUAUUUUCAAUAAGUGAAGAUUGUAGUAUGUGUUGAUACAGUAGUGACAGACCUACAGUACAGUCUGUAUUUAUACACAUAACAACUGUGUGACUACACAUAGUUUAUUUAUUGCUUCCAGCAUCAGUCAAUGGCCUUUAACUAAUCAGAAAUCACUACAAUAUUAAAGGGCACAUCUGGGACUUAUUGUGUUAUUGGCCACUGACCAAAACAGUUAAGUUGUUAACUUCCUAGAAUAUUACUACUGACAUAAAAAGUGUUUCAUUGUUAUUGUUACUAAGAACGUUUAAAGGGGGACUCCGUCCAUUUUACACUUCAAGCUCAGUGGACUCGUCGUGGUCAGUGCGAUUCAGCUCAGCGUGAAGGAGCUUCAUCGAGUCUGACAAAAUAACCCUGAUGAUGUCAUAGUGAUGUCAUCAAGGUUAUCUCAAUUUGGAAUUCACUAAUUGAAACAGAAAGCUCACGUUGAGAAACUAAGGAGUGAGGUGAUUGCAAGGCAGAUAUGAUCUAAGAAAUGCUAUCAAGUUUGAUUAUGGGAAAUGUAGCAUUGAGUUUUUUUUUAAGUUUGACCCAAUCUAGGGACUAAAAGUUAUAUCUUUGAACUCUGCUACACAGAUUUAAAUGAUUCUGUGGUGUCUCCAAAGUCCCCAAACGUACAUAUAAAUACAGCUCUUAAUCGCUGGACUCCUCCUUUAAUGUUAAGCUAACAUUCAGCUAAUAGCAAAAUCCACAUUGCUGGUAUACAAAUAUGUGGCUUGGAGAAUAAUAAGUGACACUGUGGAGCUAAAAUCUCACUCUUGCCCUUUAACACAUUGUUAUUGUGUUUUAUAAAGCCGGCACAGUUUUACAGCUGAAUCCCAAUUACCUGCUCUUCCUCAGACUCUCAGAACAUGUGUCUCAGCACUUAAUAUGGAAUUGCAAUGUACUGUAUGUCUCUCAUUUUAAACAACGGACACCAGAGACUUGAAAGUCAACAAUUGUGAAUCAAAACUAAUUUGAGAGCUAAAAUAUUACCUGUAAUUUUUCACUCCUGCUGUUUUUAAACACAGUCCCAGUUGAUAACAGCCUCCAACUCUUUCUCUGUUGAAGAUGUUGGCCCCUGUGGGACCGACAGUCAAAACACUGGGAUUCAGCUGCAAAUUCUCUUUUUGCAUUGUUUUGUAAUUUGUUCUCUUUUAUAAUCACAAGAGACACUAAUAUUUUUGAAAAGCUAAUGAAGCUUCAAGAAUCUAGCCUGUUGUUGUGCCUUGUUGCGUAUUGGCUUCUUCAAAUACUGAAGGUUUACAUUUAUUUCAUGGCCUGUACCAUAACACACAGUAGUGUUUAAAUGUAUUAACAGCUCUGCAUCAACACUGAAUUUAUUUAUUCGCCUCUCCAUUUGGACAACACAAUGUUAACCAGAAUUAUUUUACAAAUCUGCCAUGUAUUUGUAUUUCUUUUUAUUUAUUAGCAGUCUGUGAUUUUAUUUUUGGUAUCAAGUGUAAUAAGAAGCCUUACAAGAACUCUGUCCUCAAA